AUGCAUAUUAGUCUGUUUUAAAAUGUUCUGAGGGCUUGUUGAAACAAGAUUUAUAGAUUGUUUCUUAGUUAAUUUAACGACGCUUAGGUGUCCCACUAUUAAAACGUUUAUGUCACAGGCUCAGCACACAGUCCAACUACUGGCUUUUGUGAAUAUGGCAAUGGACAUUUUAGUUCCAUAAAAGCAGAUAAUUUCCCGAUUAGCUGAGCAGCAAUAGACUUUUCACUUAAGACCUCACGCUAUGGAGUUCGUUAACCAUUUCUUUAAUUAAAAAGCAAUUUACGGCUUCAAGAAACCAAUCGUUAUUUUAAAGAAUUCAUAUUUUUAUCCAAAUAUUUAUCAACAACAGUGACUGUUCGUGAAGUGCAUUAACGCUCACCAUGAAAAAGGUUAUGAAGGCAAUAAAAAGUGACUAUUACAGUUGAGGAUUAUUGUAUGUAAUACUUCCUAUAAUUCGAGAGACUGCAUACGAGACGAUACAAGGAAAACACACAACAACACAAUUACUGGGUAGAAAAAGCAUUGUUCAAACGUGUCCAUUGUGUUUGCACUCGUUAUAUAAAACCGGGAAACUACGCCGAGGUUGUCAGUCGAGCUGCCGCUGUUACCUUGUGAAGUGGUGUAUCCGUGCUGUCGUCCGUUGCGAAUAACUACACAGCCUGCAAUAGACACAACAUGAAGAAAGAACUUCACGUCAACUUCCUAUUGGGUGUUGCGGUGACACUGCUUAUUUUGAGUGCAACGCAAGUUAAUUGUGGCGUCAUAGUUGUUCAUUCAUCGUCGUCAUCAUCAUCAUCAUCAGGAUUCGGGACCUGGUGCAAUGGACUCCAUUGUCCCCCUGGUAGCAGCUGUAUAGCGUUUACCACCAUUGUUAAUGGCAAUGCAACAUCUGACAAACGGUGCAUCAAUAUAUAUGGUAAAGUUAACAGACAAGAAACUGUUACCAUAGCAAAUGGCGAAAUGUGCAUAAGAAACUUAACAACAGUGGGAAAGAAAGUAAACAUUAAGAGGUCAUGCAGAAAACUGAGCAAAGCAGAAUUGGAUAAUAUAGAACGCGAGGAAAAAGAUCGUCAGAUCCAAGAAGCAGUGCAACUUGCAUUGGAACGAGAGCAGGAAGCAAUGGAGGAUGCGUUAGAACGGAAGCAGGACGCAUUGGAGGAUGCAUUAGAACGGAAGCAGGACGCAUUGGAGGAUGCAUUAGAACGAGAGGAACAACAAAGAGAGUGGUGGCAUGAGAAGCAGGAGAGAGAACUUGAACAGAAAAUUGAAGCUAUUGAUAGAGCAAAGGACCAAAGGAAUAUCUUAGAUGAGUUUCAGAAGAAAUUACAUCAGAUUACAGCUGAGGCCAGGGAUGAAGCACGGGAAAGACAGGCCGAUGCACUAGAGGAAAGGUUAGAACGAGAGGCUGAAGCCAGAGAGAAAUUGCUGGAAAUGCAACAAGUGAAACUUUCUCAGAUGGAAAGAGCAGCACUUGCAAGACAAGAUAAAAUUGAUAGAAAAUUAGAUGCAUUAAACUUUGGUGCUACAGUAAGGGGAGCAAGGUGGGUUUUCUGAAGAUAAAAGAUGCAAGAUGCAGACCUACAGUGCUGAAAUUAGUUUCGCACAAAGCCUCCCAAAUAUUGUGAUGCAGGAAUUAAAAUCUUUGAAUAAAUAGCAACAGUAUAUGGAUUGCAAUUAACAUAUGGAGCAACAUGGCUGUGAUCACUGGGAUUUGUUUCUCUAUUUGGGUAAUUUUCAGGAAACCCUUUCCUCUUGUGCCCUUCUUGAUGAAAGUGGACAGUGUCAUAACAAAGACCUUAUUUGGGACAUUAUCUCUUAUAAAAUAGUUGACAGGCUGUAAAGAAAAGUAAAUUAAUGUAGUCUAUUGAGUUGUUGCUGUUAUAGAUUUAUGUACUAACUUGUAUAUAUGAUCUGUCUUGCCCAUGCAUUAAAGCUCAAGCUAUCCCACAAUCAUUAUAUUCUGAAUUAUUCCCUUAAUGUGAUAUUUUUAUAUCCAUAACUAUGGCUCCUUUUUGUGAAUAUUUGAAAAGAAAGGCAAGAGAAACUCAAAAUGACCAACAAGAAGUCUUUAUUGCCAAUAAAUCUUCAUAACUCAUGGCAUCACAUUUCUUUCUAGCAAACUUUAUUUUGAUAGGAAGCAGUUUUCAAUCUUAAGCAUAAAAUACUCAACAAUUAGUACAUCUGCCAUUUUUAUUCAAGAAUUACUUUCUGCUGUAUUUAAUAAAUGUUAAUUUACACAACUAACACAGAUACAUCUUUUAUUAGAACAAAUGUUGGUAUGGAAAUGUAAUACAAAUAAAGAUAUACUUAAUAUUCAUGAAAAGUUAA